CACCAGAGCUGCUCUCUGCUGCACUAGGAGUUACCAGAGCGGUAUUUCUUGCUUUUCACAGGGCAGGUUUCUCAUUUGUGGUGCCUGGGAAGUGUCUUCUGGCCCAGGGGCUUGGCCCGAAGGCAGAACUAACUGUCUGAAGUCUUCACUCUCAGGAUGCAGCCAGAGUGGGUCCAAGGGAGCACGAUGUGGCUCAGAGUCCUGCUGACACUUCUGCUCUGUUCAAGCCUUGAAGGUCAAGAAAACUCCUUCACCAUCAACAGCAUCCACAUGGAAAUCCUGCCAGCACAGACGGUGCAAAAUGGGGAGAACCUGACCCUGACGUGCAUCGUGGAUAUCAGCACCACCUCGCACACCAUGCCUCAGCACUGGAUUCUCUUCUAUAAGGAUGACGUGCUGUUUCACAAUGUCUCCUCCAUGAAGAGUGCAGAGAGUCAUUUCAUUCCCCAGGCCCGGGUCUACAACGCAGGGAUAUACAGAUGCACUGUGAUUCUGAACAACAAGGAGAAAACCACUACGGAGUACGAGGUGUUCGUGAAAGGAGUGUCCUGUCCCACAGUGACGCUGAACAAGAAGGAGGCGAUCGAAGGUGGGAAUGUGAUGGUCAAUUGUUCUGUCCCAGAGGAAAAGGCCCCAAUACUUUUCACAAUUGAAAAAUUUGAACUAGAUAUCAAAGCUGUCAGGCAAAAAAGAGAAAAAACUUCUCAGAACAAGAAUUUUGUGAUGCUGGAAUUCACAGUCGAGGAACAGGACCGUGUGAUAUUCUUCCAAUGUCAAGCUACCAUUAUUUCCGGGAAAAAUGUGGAGACCUCUGAACACGCCAGGAGCGAGCUGGUCACCGUGAGGGAAUCCUUCUCUAUUCCCAAGUUCCACAUCAGCCCCAAGGGAAUGAUCACAGAAGGAGAUCAACUGCACAUUCAGUGCACCAUUCAAGUGACGCACAUGGCCCCGGCGUUUCCAGAAAUUAUAAUCCAGAAGGAUAAGGUGAUUGUAGCGCACAACAGGCACAGCAAUGAGGCCACCUACUCAGUGAUGGCCAUGGUGGAGCACAAUGGCAACUACACGUGCAAAGUGGAAACCAGCCGGAUAUCCAAGGUCAGCAGCAUCAUGGUCAACAUAACAGAGUUAUUUUCCAAGCCAAAGCUGGAAUCUUCUGCCAUACGUCUGGACCAGGGUGAAAGCCUGGACCUGUGGUGCAAUGUCCCAGGAGCACCUCCAGCCAACUUCACCAUCCAGAAGGAAGACACGAUCCUGUCGCAGGCUCAAAAUUUCACCAAGAAAGUCUCAGCAUGGGACAGCGGGACAUAUACUUGCAUCGCAGGAAUUGGCAAGGUGGUCAAGAAAAGCAACACGGUGCAGAUAACUGUGUGUGAAAAGCUCUCCAAGCCCAAGAUUUUUUAUGACACCAAGUCCGAGGUGAUAAAAGGACACACCGUGAAAGUCAGUUGCCAAACCACAAAUGGAACCCCGCCUAUUUCAUAUCACCUUUUAAAAGCAAAUAACAUUUUGGAUAGUCGUAACAUGGACUCACAUGAGCCUGCAGUAUUCAGAGAUAACCCAACAGAAGACGCAGAAUAUCAGUGCAUCGUGGAUAAUUGCCAUUCCCACACUGAAAUGAUCACUGAACUUCUGCCUCUCAAGGUGGUAGCCCCGGUAGAGGAGAUCAAGCUCUCUAUCCUGUUGAAUGAGAUGGUGGAGUCUGGGGAAGACAUCGUGCUUCUAUGCUCUGUGAAGAAAGCAUCUUUCCCAAUCACCUAUAAGUUUUACAGAGAAAAGGAGGUCAAGCCCUUCCACCAAAUCAUCUUGAAUGAAACCAAUGCCAUUUGGCUCAAUCCACAGGCUAGCAAGAAGCAUGAGGGACAGUAUUACUGCACGGCCUCCAACAGAGCCAACCCUACCAAAAAUGUCCCCCAAAGCAACAUAUUGACAGUCAGAGUCUUUCUUGCCCCAUGGAAGAAAGGACUUAUUGCAUUGGUUGUCAUCGGAGUGAUAAUUGCUAUCUUGGUCCUUGGGGCCAGAUGCUAUUUUCUGAAGAAAGCCAAGGCCAAGCAGAUGCCAGUGGAGAUGUCCAGGCCGGCAGUACCACUUCUGACCUCCAGCAAUGAGAAGGUGUUGUCAGAUGCCAGUACUGAAGCCAACAGACCUUACGGUUACAAUGAAGACAUUGGAAACCAUGCGAUGAAACCAAUGAAUGAAAAUAAAGAGCCUCUGACCUUGGACGUGGAGUACACAGAAGUGGAAGUGACCUCUUUGGAGCCUCACGAAGAUUUCAUGGGAAACAGAUAUUCUAGAACGGAAGGCUCCCUUGAUGGAACUUAGAACUGCGAGAGCGGACCCUGCUCCACGGAGGGACAUCUACAUUCCAAGAAGAGCAGAUGAUUCUCGAUUCCCAGAGCUCUGUGCACUUAUUUCUGAACCUGCCUUGCUCCCACUGAACGUAGCCGUUCCUCAGACCAAGUCACCAGUUCUUAAAGACGUCUCACUGCAUUUACGCUGGGUGUAAAGAGAUCCAGAGGGGCUGGCUAAUCUCCCACACAGCCCACCUCCCACCGAGUGGGAGCAUCCUUGUGAGUGGAGAGCAGCAGAAGGAGGUUCAGAGUCAGCAGGCCACUGGAAUAUUUUGAAACUUGAAUAUUUUGUCUUGUAAAGAGACCAAGAACUUUUCCAAGUACCUUCAUACGCAGAAGCCUGUUUUUUUUUUUUGUUUUUGUUUCUAUUUUGCAGUCAACCACACUAGCAAAUGGCCUGGCUUAGGGGCGAGUUUUUCUCUUUGUCUUUGGUCCGUCAAAGGCCUGUGGUUCUGCAUAUUCCUUGUUCUUUGGAAGUGCACAGCACUGACCAGACAGCUGCACUCUGUCCCCUUUAUGACCUUGCCCACCACAGAUGGGAAAACAAAGCUGCUUGGGAGCGACCCUAUUGAAAUGUCAACUUGAAGACAAGGUUCAUUCCGGGCAAUGCACAAAAUAGAAAAUGAAGUUAAACAAGGCACAGAUGUUCUUGAGCUGUUUUUUUAUACUCUUUCUUUUCCUCUACCAUGCUGAAGGCUGAAAGUCAGGAAGAUAGUUGCCUCCAGCAAAUAUUAUUUUUAAUAGAAAAAUGAAUGCAUAUUUUUCUCACUAAUUUUUUUUUUUUAUUUAUUCCUUGCUAAAGAAAUAGUCUCCUGAGGUCUUAAGAUGUUUCCGAUGGUGUCUUUAGUGAGUGGACGAGGGGCUUUGGCCAUUUUGCAAUGGAAUUUCACUAAUGGGCACACCUAACCGAGACUGCUCCCUCCAGCCACUUCAGUGACAAAGCUGCAGGGACC